GAUCGCCGAUCUUGAAUUUAUAUGUGUGCCGGCUGUUUCAAGCAGCAUCAAAACAAACUCGCGAGCCUCUCGCCGCGAUCACUCUAAGACUUAAUAUUAAAUAAUCAGCCGACGUUUAAACAACCAGCGCGAUAUGAGUCGCAGGAAAAGAGCGAAGGUGGAGUACAGAGAAAUGGAGGAAAAGUAUAAUCAGUUGGAAGACGAGAAUGCCUCGGACACGUCAGAGAAAUCUAAAACUGGUCUCGUUACACCCGAGAAGAAAGCACCUAUGGAGGUGAAGAAGGAAUCUGAAUCUACAGUGCCUGCUCCUGUACCUUCUGCCUCCAAAACCGAGGUGAAGGAGGAAGACGAUCAAGACAGCGAUCACGAAGAUCCACAUGUGAAGGAAUUGUUAAAUGGAUUGGAAGGCGCAGCCUUCCAGAGCCGUCUUCCAUUUGAUAAAAUAACGUCCACCGAAGCUGCUUGUUUUCCCGAUAUCUCCAGUGGACCACCGCAAACACAGAAAGUGUUCUUACACAUUAGGAAUAGACUUCUGCAAAUGUGGUUGGAAAAUCCAAAGCAACAGUUAAUCAUCGAAAAUGCAUUACCGCAAAUUGAAUCACCUUAUAACAGUGAUACAGUACUCACUCGUAGGGUUCAUGCUUUUUUAGAGCGGCACGGUUUCAUAAACUUUGGCGUUUUUAAACGUCUUAAGCCCUUGCCGACUAAAAAAUUAGGUAAAGUCAUAGUAAUAGGCGCUGGUAUCGCUGGAUUGGCAGCAGCUCUGCAAAUGCAACAAUUUGGCUUAGAAGUAAUUAUAUUGGAAGCUCGAGAUCGUGUUGGUGGACGAAUCGCUACGUUUCGUAAAUCAAAUUAUAUUGCAGAUUUGGGAGCUAUGGUGGUUACAGGCCUAGGUGGAAAUCCUGUAACGACUCUUAGUAAACAAAUCAAUAUGGAACUCCAUAAGAUACGGCAAAAGUGUCCGUUAUACGAAAGUGAUGGCCAAACGGUUCCUAAGGAUAAGGACGAAAUGGUCGAGCGAGAAUUUAACAGAUUACUGGAAGCGACCUCUUACCUCUCGCACCAAUUGGAUUUUAAUUACGUAAAUAGUGCAGGAUCUGGCGGGCAGGGUAAUACGCGACCAGUGUCUUUAGGUCAAGCAUUAGAAUGGGUAAUACGUUUACAAGAACAAGGCGUAAAACAACGUCAAGUAGCACAUCUGCGUUCUGUACUCUCGUUGCAAGGACGAUUAAUCACCAAUCAGCAUAGAAUGAUCUCUAUUAUGGAUCGUUUGAUGGAACUGAAUAAGCAAUACAAAGAAAUGACAGAAAGUAAAUUACAAACUCGAGAUAUAACGCAGGAAUUCGUGCUCCGAUCUAAGCUGCGUGAUCUCCAUAAUGCUUGCAAGGAGUGGGAUCAGUUAUCAGAUCAGCAAAAAGAAAUCGAAGCAAAACUACAAGAGUUAGAAGCAUCACCUCCUAGCGACGUCUACUUAUCAUCCAAAGAUCGGCAGAUACUGGAUUGGCAUUUUGCAAACUUGGAGUUUGCCAACGCAACAUCCUUGUCGAACUUGAGUUUGAAGCACUGGGAUCAGGACGAUGAUUUUGAAUUCACUGGAAGUCAUCUGACUGUUCGCAACGGUUAUUCUUGCGUACCUGUUGCUCUCUCGGAAGGACUUGAUAUUCGACAUAACAUAGCUGCCAGAGCGGUGCGAUACGGGCCAAAUGGGGUAGAAGUAUGGGCCGCACCCUCUCGCAAUCCGCACACAAAUCACACCGUUUAUAAAGCGGACGCCGUUCUGGUUACGCUACCCCUUGGCGUUCUCAAGACUUCCGCACCGCCUUCCGGGAUCACCUUCAAUCCGCCGCUUCCGGACUGGAAGGCUCAAGCCAUUCAACGACUUGGCUUCGGCAAUUUAAAUAAGGUAGUGCUAUGCUUCGAGCGCAUUUUCUGGGAUCCAACGGCCAAUUUGUUCGGCCACGUGGGAAGUACCACCGCGUCGCGCGGCGAGCUCUUCCUGUUCUGGAACUUAUACAAGGCGCCGGUCCUAUUGGCCCUCGUCGCCGGUGAAGCGGCCUGCGUAAUGGAAAAUGUCAGUGACGAUGUUAUCGUCGGGCGUUGCAUCGCCGUCCUGAAAGGCAUUUUUGGAAACCAAGUAGUACCGCAACCGCGCGAAAGCGUCGUGACGAGGUGGCGGGCGGAUCCCUGGGCACGAGGAUCCUACAGUUACGUCGCGGUCGGCAGUUCCGGCAGCGAUUACGAUCUCCUGGCAGCACCCGUGUCACCUCCGCACCUGCUCAAUCAGCCCCCGCCGCAGCCGAGAGUCUUCUUCGCAGGAGAGCACACUAUACGGAAUUAUCCAGCCACCGUACAUGGCGCAUUCCUCAGCGGUCUUCGUGAGGGUGGACGUAUAGCCGACCAACUCUGUGGAAGUCCUUACGCGCCACCAACAAUGACAGCUUCCGUUCCGCCAUCGACGGGGAUCACGCCAGCAAAUACUGGCAGCAGUUCGACGCCUUAGUAUUUUCGCAUCGACUACUUCGCUUUUGUCUUUCUAUAACCGAAGAAACUCCGAGAUGGCCGUUCACGAAAAAAACUCUUUCUUGAGGCUCUUCCGAAAAAAAA